AUGCGGAAUGCACGUUGUUUCCUAUUUGGAGCUGGUGGGACACAAGGUGGAGUCAAGAAGGUGACACAUGGGGGCGCUAUACCGUAUCAGAAAUGGCUUCUCACGGAAGGAGCUCGAGCUCUUUUGGCACCUGUGCAUCACCCACUGGUGACAGAGUACUUUAUUCGCCUAAACCAAAAGCGAGUGGAACUCGAAAAGUUACACGAACACGGAGAAGUGGAUGCACUUCGUUUACUCAAAAACAAAGUGGAUGGAAAACCCUUUGAUCACAUACAAUGGAAUAUUCAAUACCGAGAUGAACUUGACGUUGCGGAGGAGAUAUCUGGGUACCUUGGCAAAAUCAAUGAUAACAUUAUGCUGAGAGAUCAGAUUCGUUUGCAAGAAAAACCAAACAAGGAGGAUCAGGAUCUUUUACCGAUGGUGGAGGAUGAUAUAAAAGAUCUCUUACACCAGAUAGAGGGAAUGGACAAUCGCGUCAAUGCUGUGAUGGCGCGCCGUCUUGAGUCUGGCGAUGCACUAGGGUCAUCCAGUCGGACAUGGAUAAUGGAAGUCACCGGUAAAGCGGGUGGCGAGGAGGCUUCUUUAUUUGCUACGGAGUUGGCGGAGGUGUACAAAACAUACGCAACUGAGCUUAAAGAAUGGUGUGUUGGGUCUGUUGAGGAUGGGAACGAUGGUGAGGCCACUGCGUCGGGGGCUCCGGCAGUUGUUAGUACCGGACUAAAGUUUCAGGUGACGGGCGACGGUGUGUAUCGCAACCUACGCCACGAGAUUGGUGUUCACAAGGUGCAACGGGUUCCUGUUACAGAUCAAGACGGUAAAAUGCAAACUUCCACAGCUGUGGUGACGCUGAUGCCGGUGCUUGACCCUGUUUCCGUGGAUGUCCACGAGAGUGAUUGUAAAAUUGAGUUUGUGAGAGGUUCUGGUCCCGGUGGCCAGGGCAUGCAAAGCAGCUCUAACGCAGUUUGUCUUACUCAUAAGCCCUCUGGUAUCUCUGUGAAGUGCCACCAGUCACGAUCAGCCUUGGGUAACAAGGAGCUCGCGUUACAAACGGUCGCGCAGCAGCUGUUGGUGAGACGUAUAAAAGACCAAAAUUCUUCUCUGCACGAGGCGUGGAAAAAUCAGUGGAGCAGUGGCGAACGAUCAGACAAGAUGCGUACAUACAACUAUCCCCAGAACCGAGUGACUGAUCAUCGACUUGGCAAGGACUUCCCCUUGACUACGUUUAUGAGUGGUGGUGCUGGAUUAAUGAGUCUCCACGAUGACCUAAAUGCAGUGGACGACAGACAACAGUUAAUUGCAGUUCUGCUUCGACACAUAGAGGGUGAAUUUGGCAGUGUGGUAUGA